UUAAUUGGCGGACCACCUGGCGGAGCGCACGUUGACGCACGGGCUCGAGGCAGCAGCCCUCAAGUUCGUCUGACCGCAGGUGUCACGCUCGGAGCUCAGGGGAGGCACGAGGAAAUUGUUAUUAUUAUUAUUAUUAUUAUUAUUAUAACCGAUAGUUUCAGGUGAAAUAUGAUGGAUCGAUGGAGCUCAGUGCGCGAGACAUGGCUGUUGUUGCUGCUCGUCACGGUGUUUUACACCUCAAGGGCAGCCGACCCUAUUGAUGUCCUGAAGGUCCUGGAGCUGUCGGAGGACAUGGAGGGCGUGUCGUUGGAGUCGGGACUGUGCACCAGCAGGGAAGGACAAGAGGAGACGGACCUCUCCUUUAAGAUCAACAGGAAGAUUCAGCUGAGCGCGCCCACCAAGCAGCUCUUUCCUUAUUCACCAUUCCCGAUGAAUUUCUCAGUGAUGACAACAGUGAGAGCUGUGAAGGGCUCACAGGUCUUUCUCCUCUCCCUGUACGACUCACAGGGCACACAGCAGCUGGGUGUGGAGAUCGGCCGUUCUCCUGUCUUCCUCUAUGAGGACCACGAGGGCCAACCACCUCCAGAACUUUACCCCACCUUUCGGAAGAUCAACCUGGCUGAUGGCAAGUGGCACAGAAUAGCCUACAGUGUGGAGGGCCAGUCAGUGACUCUCUACCUGGACUGUGUCAAAGUGGACACCCUGGACCUGCUCAGAGGUUAUGAUCCCCACAUCAGCACUGAGGGGGUUACUGUGUUUGGAACGCGACUGCUCGACGAAGGCGUGUUUGAGGGAGAAAUCCAGCAGCUGCUGAUCAUCGAUGACCCCAGAGCAGCUGAGACAUACUGUCAGGAUUACAUCCCCGACUGUGAUGCACCUUUGCCCUACAACAGCAUCCUGACGGAGGCUGAGGAGGUGGAAAGAGCACCUAAGAAACAUGUGGUCGAGGAGUUUGAGGAGUUUGACUACAGUGACCUCUAUGAUGACAUGUCUGUUUCCACGGUAACCGCUGGUCCUAAUGUCACUGAGUAUGAGAUCAUAGAGUAUGAAGACUAUGACAACACGACAGAUUACUACCACGUGAACGAGUAUGAAUAUGAGGAAGAACACGAGCGAUAUGGGCCGGCCGAGAGAGAACGAGAGUACUCUCUGAACACGGAGGAUUUGCCAGAGAAAGGACAGAAAGGAGAGCCAGGCUACUUGGGGGUGGGAACACAGAUUACAGGACCACAUGGGCCUCCAGGACCCGAGGGAGAGCCUGGGCCUCCUGGAGUCACAGGACCAGUUGGACCUCGAGGGGAUCCUGGGGAGCCGGGCCCUCCAGGGCGACCAGGCCUUAACGGAGCUGAUGGAAUACCAGGUCCCCCAGGAAACAUCAUGCUCAUACCGUUCCAGUCAGGUGGUGAUCCAAAGACAGGUACCGUGGUGUCUGCACAGGAGGCGCAGGCUCAGGCCAUCCUGCAGCAGACUAAGCUGGCUAUGAAGGGACCUCCAGGGCCGCUCGGCCUCAGGGGAAGACCUGGACCGCUGGGUGCACCAGGUCCCUCUGGACUGAAGGGGAGCAGUGGAGACAUGGGGCCUGCAGGUCCUCCAGGACAGCCAGGUAUCCCGGGUCAGAACGGACGACUUGGGAAAAGCGGUCGACCGGGUGCAGAUGGGGGUCGUGGUGCAAUAGGAGAGGCUGGAGCAAAGGGGGAUAGAGGCUUUGACGGCUUGCCAGGUCUCCCUGGAAACAAAGGACAUCAAGGGGACAGGGGUAGACCGGGCCUUCCAGGUCCUCCUGGAGAGCCAGGAGAAAAGGGCUCUGAGGGACCACAGGGGCCAAGAGGACAUCCAGGUGAUGCUGGUUCCAGGGGUCUGAAUGGUCCCAGAGGUCGUCCUGGUCCCCCAGGCCAGUCUGGAAUUCGAGGAAUUGAUGGGGUUCAAGGUUCAAAAGGAAAUAUAGGAUCCCCAGGAGACGUCGGAGCACCUGGACAACAAGGCAACCCUGGAAUCCUGGGUUUUCCUGGCCCUCAGGGGUUAGUGGGGCUGCCAGGAGAGAAGGGGCCUCAAGGGAAGAAAGGGAUGCAGGGCUUACCUGGAAACGACGGACCCCCAGGUCACCCUGGAAGAGAAGGUACACCAGGGGAAAAAGGACUGCCGGGUCCUCUAGGAGUGCAGGGGCCUGUUGGAUACCCUGGACAACGAGGAGUCAAGGGAGCAGAUGGAAUCAGAGGAUUAAAGGGAAGCAAAGGCGAAAAGGGAGAGGAUGGGUUUCCAGGGGCCAAAGGGGAGAUGGGAGCGAAGGGGGACGUUGGUGACAACGGAGCUCCAGGAGGCCGAGGAGAAGAUGGGCCUGAGGGGCACAAAGGCCAGAUGGGUCCUCAAGGAGAGCCUGGCCCUCUCGGUACUCCUGGAGAGAAGGGGAAACUGGGAGUUCCUGGGCUGCCGGGAUAUCAAGGGCGACAGGGGCCGAAGGGUUCUGAUGGAUUUCCUGGUGUACUGGGAGCUGUAGGAGAGAAAGGGAAGAAAGGUCCUGCAGGACAACCAGGAAGUGCAGGGCAGAGGGGUCCAAAUGGCGCACGAGGUGCCAGAGGGGCAAAAGGACCAACAGGGAAACCAGGUGAAAAGGGUGCCUCGGGACAAGAUGGGCCCCCAGGAUCUUCUGGAGAGAGGGGACCUCAAGGGCCGCAAGGAAGGAAUGGAGAGCCAGGACCUAAAGGAUCAAGUGGUCCUGCUGGGAAGGACGGACUUCCAGGUCACCCGGGUCAAAGAGGAGAGCCGGGGUUCCAAGGAAAGACGGGACCUCCGGGACCUGCAGGUGUUGUGGGGCCACAGGGAAAAUCGGGUGAGCCCGGACCAACAGGGGACCGCGGUCACCCGGGGGCACCAGGUGUACCUGGUGAGCAUGGUUUACCUGGGGCUGCUGGGAAGGAAGGUGGAAAGGGUGAUCCUGGUUUACCUGGGACAUCUGGAAAGAUCGGCCCUCCAGGACUGAAAGGGUUUAGGGGUAGCAGAGGGGCCCCUGGAGUCAUGGGGCCUCCUGGUUUGAAAGGAGGAUCAGGACCUACGGGAUCCCCAGGAAUCAUAGGACCAACAGGUGAGAGGGGCCCUCCAGGACCAGCAGGUGCCAUCGGACAGCCAGGUCGGGCUGGAGCAGUUGGAGGAGCUGGACCAAUGGGAGAGAAGGGCGAGCCUGGAGAGAAGGGACCAAUUGGACCAGCAGGUCAGGAUGGAGAACAGGGAUCUGUGGGGAUGCCUGGAGCUACGGGCCCCAUAGGACUUCCAGGAGACGACGGGGAUAAGGGAGAACAGGGAGAACCUGGGCAGAAAGGCAGCAAAGGAGACAAAGGGGAAGCAGGCCCCCCAGGCCCCACUGGAAUUCAAGGACUAGUUGGUCAGCCAGGACCUCCGGGUAUAGAUGGACUGAUGGGUCCCCGGGGUCAGCAAGGUAUGUAUGGACCUAAAGGAGAUGAGGGACCCCGCGGCUUCAAGGGCUCUCAAGGACCAAUAGGAUUACAGGGCAUGCCCGGCCUGCCAGGAGAGAAAGGUGAGAGCGGACACGUGGGACUAAUGGGACCCCCUGGUCAACAAGGCCCCACUGGUCCACAGGGACCAGUUGGAGGACAGGGUCCGAAUGGUCGACCUGGAAUGAUCGGACAGCCGGGUGUUGUUGGGGAGAAGGGAGAGGAUGGUGAGGCAGGUGACCCUGGUCCAGUCGGUCUUUCAGGAAGGAUAGGGGAAAAAGGAGACCAAGGAGAGAAGGGAGAUACAGGCCCUCCAGGAGCAGCUGGUCCUCCAGGAGCCAGGGGCCCCCCAGGAGAGGAUGGAGCCAAGGGCAAUGCUGGUCCUAUAGGUGUCACCGGGGACCUCGGGCAGCAGGGAGAGGCUGGACCCAAUGGUGUGGAUGGUCUGCCAGGGACUAAAGGAGACACAGGAGAGCCUGGGAAAUCGGGACCACCAGGAGCGACAGGAGAACCUGGACCACCUGGACCUCCUGGCCGAAGGGGCCACUUGGGAAAACUGGGGAAGGAAGGAAAGGCAGGCCUGAAAGGAGUGAAGGGUGCUCCCGGUUUGGAGGGUCCCAUAGGGAAGACAGGGCCCGUAGGUGCCCAGGGACAUCCUGGGAAGCCUGGUCCUCAGGGUUUAAGAGGGAUCCCAGGCCCUGCAGGUGAGCAGGGUUUAAAUGGACCCCUUGGCCAGACAGGACCCCCAGGUCCCAUGGGUCCACCAGGAUUACUGGGACUAAAGGGUGACCAUGGAAAGAAGGGAGACAAGGGUCACGGGGGUCUGAUAGGUCUGAUAGGCCCACCAGGAGACAUUGGAGAGAAAGGAGACCGAGGACUGCCCGGAAACCAGGGACUACCGGGUCCAAAAGGAGAUGAGGGCCCAGUUGGUCCACCAGGUCCCCCCGGCCCCCCUGGCCCCACGGGUCUGUCUGGUGCUAUUGGUACAAAGGGUUCUAAAGGAAACCAGGGUCCCAUCGGUCCCAGAGGAGACACUGGGCCAGCAGGACCUCCAGGACCACCUGGAUUGCCAGCAGUUGGGAUGUCCCCUCUGCCAGAUAGGGGACGGAGAAGGAGAACCUACACCGUGGUGGAUGGUGCUGCACUUGAAGAAAAGGAGGAGGAGGAGGAGCAAGGGGACAUGAUAGAUGGAGGCGAGGAGGAAUGGAUGCAGGGGGACCAGGCGGAGCAGGACAGCUGGAUGAAGGAGAAGGAGAAGGAGGGCCAAGGCAUGGAGGAGGUGUUUGCGUCUCUAUCCUCUAUGAAGGUAGAGGUGGAGGGUCUGCGUAACCCACAAGGGACGUACCACAGCCCCGCCCGCACCUGCAAGGAGCUCUGGCUCCUCCACCCAGAGCUACCCAACGGUGAUUAUUGGAUAGAUCCCAACCAGGGUUGCCAUAGAGACUCCUUCAAGGUUUUUUGUAACUUCACCGCACAAGGAGAGACAUGUCUAUACCCUGACAAGAAGUUCCAGUCGGUGAAGUUAGCAGCUUGGAAAGGAGAAAAGCCUGGCACCUGGUACAGCAAUUUCAGGAAAGGAAAACAGUUCUCAUACACCGGGUCAGAGGGCACUCCAGUCCACGUGGUCCAGUUGACCUUCCUGCAGCUGCUGAGUGCGACCGCCAAGCAGACCUUCACCUACCACUGCCUGAACUCUGCGGCCUGGCUGCACACUGCCACCUACAGCCACGAGCACGCACUGCGCUUCAGAGGCGCCAGCGGAGAGGAGCUGACACAUGAGAAUACACAUUACAUCAGUGCGCUGUAUGACGGGUGUCAGACGCGCUCGGGGCAAGAGAGGACAGUGUUGGAAUUUGACGCACCGCAGUCCAACACACUCCCCCUUCUCGACGUAGCCGUUUCUGAUUUCGGGAAGGGGAACCAGAAAUUUGGUUUUCAAGUUGGCCCGGUCUGUUACAAUGGUUAGCCAACCCGGGGGAGAUUAGUACAGGAGUAAUUUAAUAGGAAAAAGAGCCAUGGACACUUUUUACAUGCAGGGAGAAAAGUGCAUUCAAGACUUACCUGAUGCAGCAUAUUUAUAAGUUGAUUUACCUACAACAGUGUUCCUUCAUCUAAAUAUUCAUCUUUUAUACAAGCAUUCAUUCAUUCAGACUUAAUUAGAACAUCUUAUUCAUCACACACAUACAUACGUGUUUUCAAGAACAGUACAUAAAUACAUUGACUGUCAAUCUUGUUUUCCUUCAUUCCUCUCUGAAGGAGUGAGUGGUGCUCUCACAGUUUCAUCCAUGUCUGUUCAUACAUCUGUAAUUCUAUGCACUCUAUUCCCGUCUAUACAUAAUCAUACACAACACUGCAAACAUUAUGGUCAGUGAAUCAUCUGCAAAAAUUCAAACACACCAUAUUUCAGCAACAUUCACCCAUCGUGCUGUACUGUUAUUAUCAAACCUCAAUUUGUUGUGUUUCUUUUUUGUCUGUUGUUGUUAUUGUAUUGUUGUUAUAAUUAUCUGUCAUGUGAUGUAUAUUGGAGUGUAAUUCUUCACGGUGCUAUUAUGUAGCUCUUUGCGGAGUACAUUACAAAAGGGAACUGGGGCAGUGCAUUUUUUUUUAUAUUGUGAAGCCAUGUUUUAUAUUUUUUCAACAUAACAAACCAAACUGUGGUACAUGAUUGCCUCAAGGUCUUUCUGUGCAUAGUGUGUGGGCAAGUGACUGAGUAACAUAUUUUAAUAAAAGUACAUAAUGUACAUUUAAUUUAA